AUGGGAUUGUCGACGCAGAAGAUCGCUGUGGGUCUAUCGCAGGCACCGGCUUUCGUUAGCGAAAACCAAUUCUUGUUUAUUGCACCAAGAAAGCAACUGAUUCUUCUUUCGCAAUCUUCCCGGGCAAUUGGUUGUCGACCUACCGUUGCCCGAGUCAGUAUAUUGAAAAUCAUCAACUCUGCGGGUGCGGGAGGGAUUAGUGCGGAAGAUAUUCAUCGCCAGCUCAUUCGAGAUGGAAUGCGCACAGGUGUCAGCACCGUAUAUCGAAUCCUCCACGAGAUUGAGGAUUCCGGACUAUUGAUACGGGACUGGGGGAAGGGUCGGCAUCGGGCUCGAUAUCAAUUCAAACCACUCGACGUUGACUCCAUUCGCCUAACCUUCAUCAACGCCGGAUCUGCCUACUCAGUCGGUCUUGAUACGUGGAAUUUAAAACACCUUUUGCUGACUGAGUUGCUGAAGCUUGGGGUCGAUCCAACUGGCAGACAUCUGUUGAUUCAGAUUGAACCUGCGUAA